AUGCGAUUGACCGUCGAACUCAUCCAGAAUUCCCUCUCGUACAUCAACCCAUUGAAGGAUCGAGAGCUAGAUCUCCGAGGACACAAGAUACCCGCUAUUGAGAACUUGGGUAUUGCCAGGGAACAAGAUGCAAUCGACCUCACAGAUAACAGCAUUUCCUCGCUCGGAAACUUCCCCUUCUUCCCCCGCCUUCACACGCUUCUCCUCGCGCGCAACCGUAUCAAGCAGAUCCAGCCGACGCUAGCUUCCUCGAUCCCGAAUCUGAGCACGUUGGUGCUGCACUCGAAUAACGUGACGGAGUUGGCCGAUCUGGACCCGUUGCGCAACUUGUCCAAGUUGACGCAUCUGGUGUUGUUGGAGAACCCAAUUACGAGGAAAGAGAACUACCGAUACUGGGUGAUCUGGCGACUCCCCAGCGUGCGUUUCCUCGACUACCAGAAAGUGAAAGAGGCCGAGCGCGAAAAAGCCAAGGAACUAUUCGGAACCGCUGAAGAGCCCUCCGCCCUGGCAUCCAAGAUCAUCGGAAUCAAGUCGCGCACCUUCGAUGUUCCCUCGGGCGGUCCUGCAGACCGGGCCCCUGCCGACAAGGCGGUGCGGGUGCAACUGACCGAGCAAGAGCGGAAGCGAGUUGAGAAGCUGAUCCGCGAGGCGAGGAGCUUACAGGAGAUCUCGAGGUUGGAGAAAGAGCUGAACGAGGGCCGGAUACCUGGGGGUGCGUUCGAUGUGGGCUACGAUGAGGAGGAUGCGCAGAUGCAGAUGUGA